AAAAUCACAGAUUAAGCAAGUGGCUAACGAUGGCUCAUUCAAAGAAUUUCUUGGUGCUGGAAAACUUUAUAGGUGGCAAAUUUGUUCCUUGUUCCUCCUACAUCGACUCCUAUAAUCCGUCCACUGGAGAUGUCUAUUGCAGGGUGCCGGACAGUGGCAAAGAAGAGGUGGAAGCUGCUGUCAAAGCUGCCAAAGAUGCGUUCCCAAUUUGGUCCUCAAAAAGUCCAUUGGAAAGAUCUCAGAUCCUGAACAAAUUGGCAGACCUGAUUGAACAUGACCUGGAAGCUUUUGCACAAGCAGAGUCAAAGGACCAGGGAAAAACUAUUACAUUUGCUAGAACAGUGGACAUCCCUCGGGCCGUGUAUAACUUCCGAUUCUUUGCCUCUUCCAUCCUUCACCAUGUGACAGAGUGCACUGAGAUGGCAACCAUGGGCUGUGUGCAUUACACCUCGAGGGCCCCUGUGGGAGUUGCUGGUUUAAUUAGUCCUUGGAAUUUGCCACUAUAUUUGUUGACCUGGAAAAUAGCUCCUGCCAUUGCAUGUGGAAAUACUGUGGUUGCCAAGCCAAGCGAGAUGACAUCUGUCACAGCCUGGAUGAUGUGUAAGCUCUUGGACAAAGCAGGGGUACCUCAUGGGGUGGUGAAUGUGGUGUUUGGAACAGGCGCCAAGGCAGGAGAAGCCCUCGUCUGCCACCCCGAUGUGCCUCUGAUCUCUUUCACGGGGAGUACGCUGACUGCCCAGCGGAUCACAGAGAAAAGUGCUCCACACUGCAAAAGGCUUUCGCUGGAACUGGGAGGCAAAAACCCUGCGAUCAUCUUCGAUGAUGCUGACUUGAGCCAAUGCAUCCCCACAACCCUGAGGUCCAGCUUUGCCAACCAGGGUGAGAUCUGUCUCUGCACCUCCAGGGUCUUUGUUCAGAGAGGCAUAUACAGCGAGUUUUUGAAGAGCUUUGUGCAAGAGGCUAAGAAGUGGAAGGCGGGGAACCCCUCAGAUCCUACAGUUGACAUGGGAGCACUAAUAAGUAAAGAACACUUAGAAAAGGUAAAGAGCUAUGUGAAGAAAGCCCAGGCUGAAGGAGCUAGAGUCCUCUGCGGAGAGGGAGUGGAUUCCUUGGCUCUCCCAGCUGGCAACCAGAAAGGCUAUUUCAUGUUGCCCACAGUUAUUGCUGAAGUCAAGGAUGAAUCUUGCUGCAUGCAAGAAGAGAUCUUUGGUCCUGUGACAUGUGUGGUAGCAUUUGAUACAGAAGAAGAAGUGAUCAAAAGAGCCAACAGUGUGAAAUACGGCUUGGCAGCCACUGUGUGGUCCAGCAAUGUGGGACGCGUUCAUCGGGUGGCACGAAGACUACAGUGCGGAUUGGUGUGGACCAACUGCUGGCUUAUUAGAGAUCUGAACUUGCCAUUUGGUGGGAUGAAAGCCUCAGGCAUAGGAAGAGAGGGAGCAAAGGAUUCCUAUGAGUUCUUCACUGAGGUCAAAACCAUCACAGUAAAGCACUGACAUAUGCCAGUGAAAGUAUUUUAACGUAAAAUAAAUUAUAGUAAUCUGU